AAGGAGGCGACGAGGAAGAAUAGAAGCCGUUGACUUCACUCACGGCUUGUGCGAGUGCUCGUCAGACAUGGAGGACCGGGAAGAUGUGAGAUCCAUUAUCCCUUUCCUACCUCUGGUGCUCCGGUCGUCCACCCUGUCGUGGCCGUCUGCGGCUGCGGAGGAGGCGCUGGAAGCACUCUCCAAAGGGCCGGAGCUCAGCCACGUCGACUCCGGCCAGCUGAUGGCUGUUGCCAUUUCCGACAUCAGGAAUUCCGUCGGUCUGUCGUCCGGACCUUUCGCUCGGUUUGCUGCUGAGGGUUAUGCCCUCUUCUUCGACGAGCUAAUGCCUCGCAAUGAUUCGGAUAGGUGGUUCAGAGAGAUUCUCCCAUCUUUGGCUACGCUUUUGCUGAAGCUUCCUUCGCUAUUGGAAACACACUGGAAGAAGGCUGAUAGUUUUUUUGAUGUAAAGAGAGGUCGUGUGGUGACUGGUCUUCGCCUAUUGGAGCAGCAAGAGGCAGGCAUAGUUGUCCUUAGUCAGGAACUGAUUGGUGCUCUCCUGGCAUGCUCUUUGUUUUCCUUGUUCCCGAUCCCUGAGAGAGGUUCUAAACACCUUCCAAUGAUCAACUUUGAUAAGUUUUUUGCGAAUCUACACGAGAAAUACAGGGAGAAGCAAGAAGACAAAAUCAAAUGUAUUGUACACUAUUUUGAAAGAAUAUGUUCAAGUAUGCCAAAGGGUUUUGUCUCAUUUGAGAGGAAAGUUCUUCUUCUGGAAAGUGGUUCUUCUGCUAUGUCAUAUCCAACAGCUGAUUUCUGGAGCGAAUCUAUUGUUCCUCUAUGUCCUGUCGAGGUCCACACCAGUGGCUUCAUAGAAGAUCAUUCUAAGGAAUCUCUUAAAGUGGAUUUUGCAAAUAAGUACAUUGGAGGUGGUGCUCUUAAGAAGGGCUGUGUACAGGAAGAGAUCCUCUUCAUGAUUUAUCCUGAAUUAAUUUCCGGCAUGCUUUUCUUACCUGCCAUGGCAGAAAAUGAGGCAAUAGAAAUGGUUGGUGCAGAGAGAUUUUCGAAUUAUACAGGGUAUUCCUCUUCGUUCCGGUUUUCUGGUGAUUGUGUGGACAAGACAGAUAUUGAUUGCUUUGGGAGACGUAGAACAAGGUUCAUUGCAAUUGAUGCUUUGCGCAGGCCUGGAAAGAAACAGUAUGAGUUACAAUUCGUCCUAAGGGAGAUAAAUAAGGCAUUCUGUGGAUUUCGGGAUGAAUCCAGACAUGCUAAGUGUGCUACACUAUCUGAAGGCAAUGAUUGCCAUUCUGCUUCGGUCGAAGACUGCAUCAUAGACGUCGGUGAUAAAUCUGAUGAUCAUUUUCUUAAGGCUCCAGCAGCGGCCCUCGAGCUUGAAGGUAAACUGGAGGACAAAGACGUCCGUCAUUCCAAGGCUGGAACUCACCCCCUGAUUCUGAACCAGGAACAGCAUGUCGGGAUUGUGACAGGGAAUUGGGGUUGUGGAGCAUAUGGAGGAGAUCCGGAGUUGAAGACUGUGAUUCAGUGGCUUGCUGCUUCUCAGGCAUUAAGACCUUCAUUGACGUACUACACAUUUGGUUUGGAGGCAUUGCAGAAUCUAGCCAAGGUGAGUGAGUGGAUUUUGAUGCAGAAGUGGACAGUGGGAGACCUAUGGAAUAUGUUGCUUGAGUAUUCAUCCCAGAGAUCUAAGGAAGGCACGAGGCUCGGUUUCUUCUCGUGGCUCCUUCCUUCAGGUGUCGAUAAUGAUGCCGUGAUUUCCAACUCCAUGGGUGCUACUUAAAUACCUCAUUUAUAAUGUCUGGUGUUUGCUUGUUAAGUUUGUGUUGUUCUCACAUGUAACUUUGCUCAUCCGGAAGGAUUCUCGUCUGAUCA